ACAAAUGGAAGCAGAAGGCCGUUGUCCUUAUCGUUUGUCACCCAAACAACAUUCUUAAAUUCCAAAUCUCCUUCUUUCUUUAACAAGUAAAAGAUGUUUGGUGGUGGUGGUGGGGGUAGAGACAUCGAAACCUUAGGCCGUCUUACCCACAUGCUGAUCCCUUCUCUACCACAUCAACUCGAUCAGGUGGCGAUGGGGGGUGGUGGAGGUCGUGGGGGAGGAGGAGGAGGAGGAGGAGAUGAUGACGAGUUUCCGAGGAGGGAUGAGAGGGUCCCACAGUGGAGUUACCAGGAGACCAAGGAUUUUAUUGGGAUUCGUGCUGAGUUGGAGAGGGAUUUUACGGUGGCGAGAAGGAAUAAGACUCUGUGGGAAGUGGUGGCGGCGAAAAUGAAGGAGAGAGGGUAUAGGAGGAAUCCCGAACAGUGUAAAUGCAAGUGGAAGAACCUCGUCAACCGCUACAAGCAAGAGCCAUGUGACAUUCACAUGACUGAGUACAAUAUCCCAACCCCUAUUCCUGACCCACCUAUGCAAUUAGGCCUCACUUUUCCCGUCCUCCAUUCUCCUUAUCUGCACAACAUAGAGAUUGACACGCUUUCGAGAACAACAUGGAACAGUAGAGGAUCCCGAAACACGACGAUUACUAGAUAUUCUCGAAAUAGAGAUGUUGUAAUACAAUCUUUACCAAAACUUCUCAUAGCAGACCAACCCACUAUAAUGUAAAUACCCAAAAUGGUGUUGCACCUCCUGACUAAACCAUCAACACCAACCAUCAGCCCUUCAGCAUACGUCUCCAGUGGAACAAACCCAAACUGCAACACCUAUUCACAAACACCA